UCAUUCUACCAUCAACAUCACUCUCAUCUCUCCAGCGACCAAAACAGCUGUCUGACGGCCGUCGGCUGGGUAUAUUGUCAAUAGUACAAUGAACUUGUGCGGAACACUGAGAAAACAUUAAUGUAUGAUCGCUUAUAUGGAUUUAUUCACUUUUGAUCACUUUUUUCCUGUCAGGCGCGAAUGACAUCUUCUCCAUACCAAUGUCUUCGUUUGGUAUACUCUCUAAUGGGACGCCGUAAGAUAACGAGAAGAAGGAUCUUGUUGAUACCCAAACGUGUUUCUCUUAUUUGGCUUUAAAGCGCCGGCUCUGCAUCAGCCCUCCCGCACCCCGCAAGAGAGAGUGCGCUCCGCGGAAGAUGGGCAUGCAGCUUGAAGGAUUGACCUCCACUCGAAAACUGGAAUCAGCGGCGUGAAGAAAAAGACCCGGAGGAGAGUGAGAGGAGGAGGAGGAAGAAGAGGAAGAGCAGGAGUGUGUGUGUAGUUAUGGCUCAUCCUCCAGGCCUAUAGAAGACCAGCUCAGAAAAAGAUCAGAGAGGAGUAGGACUGAGGACCAAAGGAUGAAGCCGUGGGGGAGGUCAGCAUGGCCGUUGCAGGUGGCCUUUCUUGUCGCCGCGGUGAUGCUCUGUGGUGGCCCCGUGUCUGCUGGAAACCGUAACCAUCGGGGACAGACAGCUUCUUACCAGGUGAAGCAGGGUACCUGUGAUGUAGUGGCCAUUCACCGCUGCUGUAACAAGAACAAGAUCGAAGAACGCUCUCAGACUGUCAAGUGCUCCUGUUUCCCUGGCCAGGUCGCUGGUACAACCAGGGCUAGGCCCUCCUGUGUGGAAGCCUCCAUCGUGCUGCAGAAGUGGUGGUGUCAGAUGCACCCCUGCCUGGAUGGAGAGGAGUGUAAGGUGCUCCCUGACCUCACUGGCUGGUCCUGCAGUACUGGGAACAAAGUCAAAACCACCAAGGUCACCCGAUAGCAAGAUAAUUGGUGAGCUAUAAAGCCAACCAAGACUAAGAGACUAGCUCCAUAUGUAAAGACCUGCUGACACAUCUAAUAAUGAAACUGUCAGUGUCAACUACAGGAAGACAUUCCAUCAUAUCAAGGUAUUACAACAUGUACUGGAACGUAUACAUACAGAAGGCAGUGAUGAGUGGAGUCUUUGGGGAUCCGCGAGGAAACACACAGCUCCAAAAGGACUACAAUAGACCAUUUAUGGAUACCCAGGGCAUGUUUGGACCGAGCAUUGGAAAUCAAAGAUACAAAGACUUUAUAUCGUCUUCGACUGAAUCGUGUAAUGGACUCACAGGAGUGGCCAACGAGAGGUUAUUUGGAAGCAACUGAAUGGUCCAAAUAGAAGGUUGAUUCAACAAAGCUUUCCUGGGGGAGAAGAUGUGGUGGAUUUAGAAACUGUGUGUUUGGAUGGAUCUGUGGAAAGAUCUGGAAUAUUAAAACAAAGGGGGUUGUUUACCUCUCUGUUGUGGUGUCUCUUCAGCAGCGAGGAGGAGGAAGAGACAGCUCAUAACUAGUGAAACACAGUUAUUGUCUAUUACUUACUCUUGUGGUUCAAUUCACUAUCAUGAAAACUGUUUUCUGACAGGCAUUUUACAGCUCUAAUUAUGGUUGCUGAGUAGGCUCAUAACAGCAUAUUAAUGAUUCAUGUAACAUAUUUGCACUAGUUGAAAUCGUUUUGGGAAUGUUUUGUUUUUCUAGUUAUCUGGAGUAUUUUGCUGUAAAUGUCACAUGAAAUCAAAGAAAGGAAGAUAUUUUGUCAAAUGUCUACCUUUAUUGGUAAAGUUGAGUGUGUCAUUCCAAUCCGCCCUCCUUGGCAUUGUAGCAUUACUGGUUUAAUACAGUAAAAAACAUGUUAAUAUAAACUAUGACCAUUACAACGUUUAAAGAGCCUUACAGUAAUUAGCGUGGUGCUCGACUGUGGACUAGCAAAGUGGCUAAUGCUUUAAUUGGAUAGUCCCUGUUGAUCAUUUGUAGAUGCUCGAAACUAUGAACAGAAUGUCCCAAAUGUGAUUCUCUACUGAUAAUCAACACAUGAGGAGGGUUAGACUGAGGCUUUGUUGAUAGUUACGUUUUUCAUUUCUUGAUUGUUUAUUGAGCAUCCACAGUACAGUACUAAGAACCACCAUCUACAAUGGACUAUCCAAACAAAAGAUAAGACACAUCUGCCUAUUUCAGCCCAGAGAUGAUUUGAAAGCUUCAGCCUCUGUGACAUCUCCUAAGUUAGCUGUAAAAGAAAAAAAGCCCAUAAAACAAUGGA